CAAAAGAACUGUCGGCACAUCGAGUCGAUAAAAAAAAUGUUUUUGAAAUUAACUUUUUGUGUGAUCGCUCUCGCAUCGACUGCGCUUGCAGAGGAAUAUACACCCGGUUCGGAUGAAUAUCUACUGAACGCUCUGGUGCCUCUGUUGAGUCCGUUGAACGCUUUCGAUGGUCCAGCUUACAUUUCUAACGCAACAACUAGGCCGAACAAAAACACGCUACCAACUGUGGAUCAAAUGAUGUAUUAUAACUACUACGCGGAAUCUGCGUACUACGUAUACGAUCAUGACGAUUUGACCUGCGACUCCUGCUUGGAGUUUAAGGACGAUGUCACCUAUCACGAAGUUAUCAAAAACACCUUCCACGACACACUUGCUCUUGUUACACUGUCAGAAGAUCGCGAAGAAAUUGUCGUCACAUUCCGUGGCACAGCCAACGUUUGGAAUGUUGUCCUCGACGCACUACUCAUUCUCGGUAGAGAUUCGAACACUCCAAAACAGGUCAAAAUUCAUCGAGGAUUUUACAUUGCUACGAUGUCUCUGUAUGACGAUGUGGUUGAAACGGUAGCCGACCUAUUGAAUGAAAAUCCUGGAUUUAAGGUGGUUUUAACUGGCCAUAGUUUAGGUGGAGCUAUGGCGCGCAUAACGUACUUCUUCUUCGCGGAUCGCAAUUUAUUCCCCGGUGUCGAGUUCGAAUUGUACACCUAUGGAGAACCACGGGUUGGCAAUAAAUAUUUCGCUGAAUUUAUGAAUUGUCAGCCAAUUACUACAGCAAGAGUGGUUGCCAGAGCUGACCUCUUCCCCCACAUUAUGCCGACGAGCAUCCUUGGUACCAGACUCCUCGGUGACUAUUACGUUCACGCUCAAACCGAAUAUUGGAUCAACGGUGAGGAUUGCCAAAAGUUUUGCAGGCAAACGACGUACGAAGAUCAGCAAUGUUCCAUAUCGUUGGGGCCAGCGUACAGUGCAUUGGAUCAUUUCUUCUAUUUUGAUGUGAACUAUGUCUAUUCUUUCGGUCAACCAUUGGCCUAUGCAGCUCUUCCAUUCAAACUUCUCGAUCCGGUUGGGGUACUACCUCCGUUACCGAAGCCAAUCGAAAAAUUGAUUGGCGGAAUCGCUGGCGGUGUCGCUGGGGCACUUGUUCCUGCUCUUGGUUAAACCAAUUGGAAAGAUUGGGCAAGUGGAACGAUUGCCCGAUACGAAAAUAAAAAUAUUUUCUCUG